GCUCAAGUUCGCAGUAAUAGUCAGCAAAUAUUUACCUGGAAGUUAGAAUCAAUCAAGAGCCACUUGAGAACCAUUAUAACAUUCUCCGUAAUUUUUGCAAAUGUCAAUUUUUUAAGGAAUUGCCUUGCAUAUUAAAGGUGUUACGUAACCAGGUGUUGACCUUAUUUGAACGGAUCUACCUGCAAGGAUAUAUAAAAUAUUAUACCGGUCUCAGAUCUGGACAGUAAGUGGGCUAUUAUGAGGUGGUACGUUGUGGUUAGUGCGGUAGCUCUUUUGAGUUACGUAUGUCUCUCCGAGGCUAAGCCUUAUCCGGGGCUAGGUCACAAAGGUGGUGGCUAUGGAGGAGGUGGAGGUUUUGGAGGUGGUGGGGGAUUUGGAGGAGGAGGAGGAUUUGGAGGAGGAGGUGGAGGCGGAGGCGGUUUUGGAGGAGGUGGCGGCUUUGGUAAAGGUGGAGGAUUUGGAGGUGGCGGAGGUAAAGGUAAAUAUCCAUCCAUAUUAGAUCAAUUGCAUGGUAGUAUAGAAUAUGCUUUAUCGGCACUUUGAAGAAUUUAAUUCCUGUAGGAUCGAACCUUCUGAAAUGCUAGAUACAACAAAGCCUAAAUGCACAGUCGUUCGCAAGGGCCCCUUUUAUUUUGAGAACUCCUCAGUGUCAAGCGCCUUAUUGCUUCUGGGUACCAUGCAUCAAUUUUAUGUGUCUUCCAUAGCCCAUAGUGCCAAAUUCAUGCGUUUUUGGAGAACAUUAAAGCCUUGAAUGUGCAAUAAGGAGGCCUCAGGUGGAAGAAGGAGGCCCUUUUCUUUGGGAAAGACAUUUGACUUUCAAAUAAGACAUCCUCACAUCCUCCUACUACAGAUUUGGGCGAUUUUGAUGUAUCAAGAACAUUAGAACAAAAAUUUAAUUCUUUUUUGUUUUGCAAGGGCAUGGGGGUGGUUUCAGAGGUGGAGGUGGUGAAGGUAAAUAUUUAUUGAUAGGUUGAUGACUCUAGUUUAUUACUUUUUCCCGCAUGAUUUGAGUUUACGGAGGAGGACUUAACGAGACUAGAUGAGAGGACUUAGAAAUAAUCUUGCUUACUGAUACUCUUACUAUACAGGGUGUCCACAAAGUUGGAGUUUUCCUUUACACGACGUGUAGAUUUUGAAAACAUAAGCAAUUUUUCUUAAUACCAUAUACACCAAUGUCUUAAGAGAAUCGAGAUAAAGGGCUCUGAAACAUCAAAUAUAUCUGAAUACCGUCCUGUAGCCGCGAUAUCCCGAGUGGUACUAGGACACUAGCUCA